AGUAGUUCUUCCCUAGAAAGUGCCUCACUUGCUUUUGCCUCCAUUCACCAACUUAAACCAUAACUCAGGAAAACAAGACUUGGGAAUUUUAAUCAAAGUUCAUUUCCCAAUUUUCUGUAGCUGCUCCAAUGGCAGCCUCGUGGGUUUUCUUCUGUAUCUAAAUAUUCUCCUCCUCGGAAUCUGGCUUUCCGGCUUCUGGGUCGAGAUUAAAUUCGAGCGGGAAGAGAAAUUCCCUCUCCCCCUUUUCUUCUGCGCACUGAAAAUUAAGUGGGUCUUUUCCACGCCGUCGGAGUUUAGGCUCUGGGAAUCGAUUUCGGAAAGUCCUUUGGGGGCUGUAGUUCUCUGCCUGUGUUACUUGAGAACAUAGCAUCUUGAUUUUUUCAAAACAGUUCGGUGGAUGGCCUUCUCAAUCAUGUCUGAGGAAGAUGAUCCUUAUCCAUCUUGGGAUAAAACGAGAACUCCUAUUCGUAUUUUCUUCAAGGAUGCCAGGAAUGUCUUUAAGUUGGAUGAACUUGGUCGGGAAAUAGCCCAGAUUGCUUUGCCCGCCGCACUGGCUUUGGCAGCUGACCCUGUAGCUUCCCUAGUUGAUACAGCAUUCAUUGGACAGAUAGGUCCUGUGGAGCUUGCUGCUGUUGGAGUUGCUAUUGCAUUAUUCAAUCAAGUCUCAAGAAUUGCAAUUUUCCCCCUUGUAAGUGUCACUACAUCUUUUGUUGCAGAGGAAGAUACUAUUCGAAGUGUUUACAAUCAAGUGGAGGGAAAUGACGACAUGGAGACGGGUUCAUAUACAAAUGAUGAGAAAAAAUUGAUGAUACCACAGAAUGGGAAAGGUGAGAACACACACCACUCAAACUCAGUGGAUAGGAGAUUUGACAGUGGUAGAGGAGAGAAUGAAAGAAGAUAUAUCCCAUCAGCCUCAUCAGCUUUGGUUAUUGGUGGUGUUCUUGGCCUCAUUCAAGCCAUCUUCUUGAUAUCUGGAGCAAAGCCUCUAUUAAACUUUAUGGGAGUCAAGUCUGAUUCAUUGAUGAUGACUCCCGCACUGCAAUACUUAACAUUGAGAGCCCUAGGUGCCCCAGCAGUUCUUCUUUCGUUGGCCAUGCAAGGGGUCUUUCGUGGAUUUAAGGACACAAAGACCCCUUUAUAUGCAACUGUGGCAGGAGAUGCAACAAACAUUAUUCUGGACCCAAUAUUUAUUUUCAUUUUUCAUUUAGGCGUCAGCGGUGCAGCCAUUGCACAUGUUAUGUCGCAAUACCUAAUUGCACUGAUACUAUUUUGGAGAUUAAUGGGACAAGUUAAUCUCUUACCUCCUAGUAUCAAACAUCUGCAAUUUAGUCGGUUUUUGAAAAAUGGCUUUCUAUUAUUAAUGAGAGUCGUAGCUGUGACGUUCUGUGUGACGCUUGCUGCAUCAUUGGCUGCACGUCAGGGAUCAACAUCAAUGGCUGCCUUCCAGGUUUGCUUGCAGGUUUGGUUGGCGAUGUCUCUACUUGCAGACGGGCUGGCCGUUGCUGGGCAGGCAAUAUUAGCAAGUGCAUUUGCCCAAAAUGACCACAAUAAGGCAACGGCUGCAGCGUCACGAGUAUUACAGUUGGGAUUGUUUCUGGGCUUGGCGCUUGCAGUCUUCCUUGGAGUCGGGUUGAGUUUCGGGGCCAAGUUAUUUACAAAUGAUGUCAAUGUCCUACACCUUAUUGGCAUAGGAAUUCCAUUUGUCGCUGUCACACAACCAAUCAACGCCUUGGCAUUUGUCUUUGAUGGCAUCAACUUUGGAGCUUCUGAUUUUGCGUACUCAGCUUACUCCAUGGUUCUGGUGGCUAUCAUCAGCAUUUUCUGUUUGUUCAUCCUCUCCUCAACUCGAGGAUUUAUCGGUAUCUGGAUCGCCUUAACCAUCUACAUGAGCUUACGAACAAUAGCCGGGUUCUGGAGGGUAGGCACUGGAACAGGACCUUGGUACUUUCUCUGGUGCUAAAUUCGUGUUGUUCAUAAGACUAAGAUAUCGAUAAGCUGCAGAUUGCGUUUCUUCGACAUAUCCUUCAUCUGUCUCCAAAAAAUACCUUCAUCUACUGGGUUGCAUUAGGACACCUAGCAUAAAACCUUCAAUUUCUGAAGCUUUUGAUUUCAUGUACAGACAAGAGAAGGCAUAGGGAGCACAUGCUGUUGCUUGUAUACAACAAAAUAGAAGAUAUAAAUGAGAGUGUUAUGUAGCUGUAAAUGACAUUGUUGAGAUCAGUGUAAUAAAUAAAAACCAAAAUAAUUUACGAUUUUAUAUAUGUACGUGCUAUAUUGAAUUUUUAGGAGUA